GUCAUGGCUCCUCUCCGAACUGUCGAUAAGUUCGUGGUGACCUUCUUGGUCGAUAACUGCAUAGAAUGGAUGACGAAGUUGCCUCCGGGCUUCACGCAUGAGAUGCGAACGCACCUCACUGAACAUAAUCCACCUAUCGAUGAGUUGACCGGGAUCCCCUUUGUGGACUUCGAGAACUACUGCUGUGGCGCGCAUGGCUUCUCCGCACUGAUCGAGACUCAAAUCGAGGGCGAGAAGUCGCACUACACGCUCUUCGAUACAGGCCCCGAAUCGCGCUCGAUCGCGCGCAACAUCGCAGCGAUGCACGUCCCCACCCACCGCAUCGACCGCAUCAUCCUCUCGCACUGGCACUCGGACCACAGCGGCGGCAUGCUCUCCUUCCUCCGCAUCCGCGCGGAGGACCCCGCGUCGGCCAGCGCGCCGCCGUGCGUCGUCGAUCUGCACCCGAGCAGGCCGAUCGCGCGGGGGAUGGCACCGCAGCCGCAGGGGAUUGUCAUUGGGCGGCACCCGCCGGACCCGACGUUCGAGCAGUUGAGGGAGGCGGGCGCGGUGGUGGAGACGCAUAAGGAGGGGCAUGCGGUUGCGGAUGGGACGGUGUGGGUGAGUGGGGAGAUCCCGCGGGUGACGGAGUUUGAGGGCGGGUUGCCGGGAGGCGUGAGGUGGGUGGAGAAGGAGGGGAAGGGUGAGUGGGUGAAGGAAGAUCACUUGAUGGACGAGCGGUACGCCGCAGUAGACGUUGCUGGGAAAGGCUUGAUAUUGUUCUCUGCAUGCUCUCAUGCUGGUAUCGUGAACGUUGUCAAGGACGCAGUCAUGACGUUCGCAAGACCGGUCUACAUGAUUAUCGGCGGACUGCACUUGGCUGGCACGGAUCUGACGCCUCGCAUUGAGCCUACCGUAAAGUUCUUGUCCAAGCAGCUGAGACCCGCGCCGGCAUACGUGCUGCCGAUGCACUGCAGUGGAUUCGUGGCCAAGAUUGCAUUGGAGGCAGCGUUGGGUGAAGGAUGUGUACCUGCUGGUGUGGGCCACAAAGUGGAGGUAGCAGGGGAUCGUGAGGCGGAAAAGAAGAUGUUUCCUCCAUCCAUCGAUUCAGAUUAGUUCUUUAAAGUCUCUGUAUGUAUGACCUUGAAUGUAGCUCUUGAAAUCAUGUAACAAGCGUAUAAACGGUUGUACUAGUCUGCUCAAUAGGAUCCCGCGUUUUAGUCACCGCACA